AUGCUCUUUUAUUAUGACAAAAACAUGAACUGGAGAAAAAUGAAAAAAACAGUUGUAGGUAAUAUUACCUACUUUACAAAAAAUGUACUUCCAAACAACCUUUUUAAAAUAAGUUCUGUUUGUUUUUCUUCAAAAGUCGAAAUACCUCACUUCUUCAAUGAGUGCUCGAAAAUACCUGUGAGUAAAUACAAUUCAUGUGAAGAAAUGUGCGAGAAAAAGAAACAUAACAGCAACGAUUAUAUAUUAACAAACAACAUUUAUUAUGUAAAAGAAUUAGAUUUCUUUGAGAGGCUUAUCAAAGUAUAUAUUGAUGUUAUAUUUAACUAUCCAAAAUAUCCUGUUCAUGUUCAGGAUUUACAUAUUUUUUGCAGAAGUAUAUUAAAAGAGAAGGUUGAAAAUGUUAAAAGGAGCAAAGAGCACAAGAAUCGAAUAUUAUUUGGGAGCGUGGAGCCAGCACCUAGUACUUUGAAUGCUUAUCUUGUUGAAUUAAAUGAUGAGUCAGAGAAAAAUGAAAAUAAGACAGAACAAAAUAUGAAUGAAAUUGUUGAAAAGGUAAAGAAGGUUUAUAAUUAUAAAAAUGUACUGUAUGCUUUAUUCACGUUAGAACAUAAAAAAAUUGUAUUUAAUUAUACACAAAAUAUAUUAGAAAGAGAUUUACAACACUGCUUCCUUAAUUCUACUGUAAAUGCAAGUAAAGAAAUAUAUCGAUUUAUUAAAAGAAAUGGGAAAGAUAACAUAUAUAUUUACGUCCUUGAAUAUUCCGAUAAUUUGCAUAUAUUGAAAAAGCGUUAUGAUUUUGUUAAAAAUUUAUUUUUUAGUAUUUCUGAACAGAACAAGGAUAAGCAUGCGAGAAUAUGUAGGGUUAAUACGUAA